AUGGCACCUCACGCGGAAGAACGCGUCGGCAAUGCGAAUGGGUUGGACACCAAGACGGACUCCCCCAGGGAUCUCUUUGUUGUUGACUCACCCAAUGUCCAGUAUACCGAAGAGAGCAUCAGGUCAAAGUACACUUACCGUACCACGGACGUUGUCAAGAACGCCGACGGCAAGUAUGUCGCCGUGCCCAAGGAGACCCUGUACGACUUCAAAGUCGACCGCAAGAUCCCCAAGGUCGGAGUGAUGCUCGUCGGCUGGGGUGGCAACAACGGUACCACUGUCACGGCCGGUAUCAUUGCCAACAAACGCAACCUCACCUGGGAGACCAAGGAGGGCAAGCGCAGCGCCAACUACUACGGAUCAGUCAUCAUGAGUUCUACUACCAAGCUUGGUGUAGAGAGCAAGACUGGCAAGGACAUUUACAUUCCUUUCCAUGAUCUUCUGCCCAUGGUCCACCCCAACGAUCUCGUCGUCGGUGGCUGGGACAUCAGCGGCAUGAACCUCUCUGAAGCCAUGGAUCGCGCCAAGGUCUUGUCUCCUUCGCUCAAAUCUCUCGUUCGCAAGGAGAUGAGCGCCAUGAAACCUCUGCCCAGUAUUUACUAUCCCGACUUCAUUGCUGCCAACCAGGAGGAGCGCGCCGACAAUGUGCUCGAGGGUACCAAGGCCUCCAUGGCUCAUGUUGAGCAGAUCCGCAAGGACAUUCGUGAUUUCAAGGCAGCCAACGGUCUGGACAAGGUCAUCGUGCAGUGGACUGCCAACACGGAGCGUUUCGCUGAUAUAAUUGAGGGCGUCAAUGACACUGCAGACAACUUGCUCAAAGCCAUCGAAUCUGGUCAUGAGGAGGUUGCACCCUCGACUGUUUUCGCUGUGGCCUCGAUCCUCGAGGGUGUUCCUUUCAUCAACGGGUCUCCUCAAAAUACGUUCGUUCCAGGUGCCAUCCAGCUAGCCGAGAAGCACAACGCUUUCAUUGGUGGCGAUGACUUCAAGUCUGGACAGACCAAGAUGAAGUCUGCCCUUGUCGAUUUCAUGAUCAACGCCGGCAUCAAGCUCACUUCCAUUGCCAGCUACAACCAUCUCGGGAAUAAUGAUGGCAUGAAUUUGAGCUCGCAGAAGCAGUUCCGUUCCAAGGAGAUUUCCAAAUCCAAUGUUGUCGACGACAUGGUUGCUGCCAACAAUGUUCUCUACAAGGAUGGCGAACACCCUGAUCACUGCGUCGUCAUUAAGUACAUGCCUGCUGUUGGAGACGACAAGCGUGCACUCGAUGAAUACUAUGCGGAGAUCUUCCUGGAUGGUCACCAGACCAUCAGCAUGUUCAACGUCUGCGAGGACUCUCUUCUGGCUUCGCCUUUGAUCAUCGACUUGGUCCUGGUUGCCGAGAUGAUGACCCGUGUCCAGUGGAAGGCUCACAGUGGCGAGGCCAGCGAUGCCAAGUUUGCUGGAUUCCACAGCGUGCUCAGCGUGCUCAGCUACAUGUUGAAGGCACCUCUUACUCCUCCUGGGACUCCUGUCGUCAACGCUCUUGCCAAGCAGCGUGCGGCUCUCACCAACAUCUUCCGUGCCUGUGUCGGUCUUGAGCCUGAGAACGACAUGACCCUUGAGCACAAGCUCUUCAUGUAG